CAGAUGAGUCGCGCUCACUGAGAAAGCGCCGCGUGUACACCAACCAUGCGGGCGAUAAAGACCCACGUCAGGUUCGCUUAUCUCUCUCCAUCCUCAACGUCACCCGAUCCUGGAUCACCUUUCGCCAGGCAAAAAAUUCGAGAAGAAGAAGAAGAAGGGAAAAUGGCAAUAAGCGAGCUUGGAGGAGCUUACUUGGCGUCAUGUCGGCAGUGGCUGCUCCCUUGCUUGACGAGCAGGAGGAGCAAGUGGGUGUGUCCGAAGCGGCGCAGGUUCUUGCGGUGCCCCGCUGCGAGCCACCGAGAGACGGCGGGGAAGGAGGCUUCCACUUACACGUCCAGGAUAUCCACCGACGUUCCGCUUUACGAAUCUCAUGGGGCUUCGUUCGACCAGUAUCUGGAGGACAAGCCCAGAGUGUUCCAAGCCAUCUUUCCUGAUAAACGAAGGAGCCAACAGCUCAACGAGGAAGAGUGGAGAAUUCAGAUGCUGCCCAUACAAUUCCUACUCCUGACCGUCUGGCCUGUUGUAGACAUGAGAUUCAGAUGCAAAUCAAGGGGGAGAGAUUAUCCACCACAAAUUCCUCAAGAUAUUUCCAAAGUUCUUGAGCUUGAUAUUACACGGUGGGAGCUCCAAGGGCUAGACAGCAUUCUCAAGCCGUCACAUUUUGUGCUUGGUGUAAAAGGAGCACUUUACCCAGAUAGACGAGGAACAAGGAGCCGACUCAAAGGUAUUGACGAGGCUGGUAGAGAACAUGAAGCACAAAGUUAAUGGUAGCUUGCUUGCAGAUUAUAGCAAAUUCAAACGAGAGCAUCCGAGGCAACUGGUUUAGUCCAUCUUGACGAGGCUGGUAGAGAACAUGAAGCACAAAGUUAAUGGUAGCUUGCGUGCAGAUUAUAGCAAAUUCAAACGAGAGCAUCCAAAGCAGCUGGUUUAGUCCAUCCAUGACGGGGAAGUGAGCAUGUCUAAAGUGAAAGUUGAGGCCAGUGCCCCACACUGGACAGACAGCCUGAAGAAUAUUCCUUAUGUGUCAGGAUCAUUGCAUUUUUCGCUAUCAAACUCCAUCAGUCCACUUACACGUUGCCUCAAUGCAGAUAUAGUGAAAUAUGGCUGAUGUGUGAGAGCACCCCUGAAGCUCCAUGGAGUAAUAGUCAGAUGUAGGCAUUGCUGUCAUUCUCAUCCUUGAAGAAUUUCUUCACUUUUCAUUAAUUAGGAGAAGUCGAAUAUACUGGCUUAACUUUAAAAUUUUUUAGCCAUAUUGUAUUGGCAUGUUAUCUCAUUUGAGACCAGAACAAGAUCUGCAAAUUCAUAAUUAUGGUGCAAAACCAGAAAUUUUUGGCUGAGGGAGGCCUUUUCAAUGUUAA